CUGUCCUAUAUAAACUACUCUUCUUCAUCAUUCUUCCAUCCCAUUUCUCUUUCUUUUCUGCUUCCAUUUUUCUCUCUUCUCUAGUAGAGUCUUAACAUGGCUACUGCAGAGGUUGUAACACCGGAGAAAGCUCUUCAAGAAGAAACGGCCGAGGUGGAGGCGCCGCCGAAGGUUGAGGAGGAGGCUUCGGUGGCACCACCGCCAGCCGUGGAGGAGCCAAAGGAAGAAGACACCGUUGAAGCUCCUGUUGAGGAUGAAACUAAGGAAGAAGUAGUAGAAGAGGAGGCCAAGGAAGAAGAAGAAGAAGUUGCUGAAGAAGAAAAAAAAGAAGAGCCAGCUGAAGACAAAACAGAGGAAAAAGAAGCAGAGACGGUUGAAGUGGCACCUGAGCCUGAGGUUGAGCCUGAGCCUGUCGUGGAGGAGACUAAAGAAGAGCCUGAAUCAAAGGAGGCGGCUCCGCCAUCGGCACCGGCACCGGCGGAACCGGAAUCCGAAGCUCCGGAGGAAGAAGAGGUUGUGGAGGUGGAGGAGAAGGCGGCGGAAGCCAAAGAGGAAGCUGCAGCUGAGUAAUGUAACAAAAUGGUUUUAGUUUAAUGGGGUUUGAGAAAAAUUUAAUAUUGGUCAUUGAAUUGAAUGCAGAGUUUGUGUAUCUGAACUGUGAGUCAAGUUAGUUGAUCGAGUGGGAGUGUGUAAUAAGGCAAAAGGGGGAAUAGGCAUAGGGAGGGACCUUAAGCUUGUAUUUGUGUUCUGUGGCYGUGGAUACGUCUGUUUGUGUUUGGACUUGGAAUGCCAUGUCUUUGCUACUUUGUUUACACCCUUACAAGUUACAACCAUAUAUCCCUAUGAAAAUAUUGAAUUCAAUGUAAGAGAGAAGAAAACUUCACUAAUAAUGUACUUUUGUUCUUGCC